UAAAAGAUGUUGCCUAGAAACGAAACUUGAACUUUGAACACAACUGGGUGGAGCCUCUCACAGAGGAUUUCUCAAUAGUUUCUGUGCUUGGGAAAAUGAAACGAAAGCCCUAUGCGCCUCAUAAAGGCGGGGACAUCGCACUCAAGUCAGCCAGAGCCAGUGACAAGCACGAGCCCAGAAUGGACGACCAAGACGAGAACCUCACCUGUACGAUCUGCUACGCCAUCUUCACUGACCCUGUGGCACUGAAGUGCAGCCACAGUUUCUGUCAGGAGUGCCUGCAGCUGUACUGGAAGGACCUGGAUGUGUCCCUGUGUCCCAUCUGCAGGAAAGUGUGUUCGUCCGAGGAGCCCACAUUGAGCCUGGCCUUCAAGAGUCUCUGUGAGUCAGUCAAAAAUAGAAGAAACAGAGCUGUUCAACCAGACCAGCUAUGCCCCUUGCAUGGAGAGAAGUUUAAGCUGUUCUGUUCCGAAGACAAGUUGCCCCUUUGCGUCAUCUGCCACACAUCAAAGAAGCAUAAAAACCAUACAUGUUCUCCCAUUGAGGAAGCUGUGCAGGACUUAAAGAAGGAAAUGGAGGAUGGAGUUUCCACUUUUAAUCAAAGCCUGAAUGUCCUGAAGCAGACCAAAAGUGAUCUUCAAAACAUGGCCACUCACAUACAGAACCAGGAACAGUAUGCAGAGCUUCAGAUAAUUCAGGAGUUUGAAAAACUUCAUCAGUUCCUCCACAAGCAAGAAGCAGCCAAGCUUGUGGCUCUGAAAGAGGAAAAAGAGCAGAAAUACAGGAAAAUGGAGCGCAGAAUCGAAAGGGUCUACGGACAGAUCACUACUUUGUUAGAAACUAUUGAUACAGUAAAAAGACAAAUGGAAUCCAGUGACAUCCGGUUUCUACAGAACUACUAUUCAAAUCCAUACAGACUCGAAUGCUCAACACCUGAGUCAGAGGAUUUGUCAGGUGCUCUGAUCGACAUGGCCAAACACGUCUUCUCUCUGAAUCAGAAGCUUUGGUUGCAAUCAUUUCAUCCAGACUGCCCAAUGACUCUGGACCCCAACACAGCCUCGAACAGGCUCAUCAUCUCGGACAGUCUCACUUCACUUACAUGCACAGAGGAGAAGCAAAAGGUGCCUGAUAACCCAGAGCGAUUUCACAUUGGUGUGCUGGGAUCAAAGGGCUUCACUGCUGGUCGCCACUGCUGGGAUGUCGAGGUCGGUGACAGUGACAACUGGACCCUUGGAGUGGUGAGGCAGUCAAUCAAACGGAAGCAGCUCUUGAAAAUGCAGCCGGACAGUGGCUGGUGGAGCAUCCGCUACGUCAGUGAGAAGUACCGCGCUGGUGUCAAGGCUCGGACAGAGCUCAAGGUAGCCGAAAGACCUCAGGUCAUCCGAGUUCUGCUGGACUACGAGCGUGGGGAGGUGUCAUUCUCAGAUCCAUCUGCAAAUAUUACUCUAUACACCUUUACUGAUGUGUUCAGUGAGAAAUUAUUCCCCUACUUCAACAGUGCAAGUUUAAAAUGUCCACUACGCCUCUGUUUACCAUAGUAGCCUUAAAGAACCUUCAGAUUAAAUUUUUGUAUCACUACAAUAAAUGAUGAAAUGGAAUAACA